AUGAGUCUCAAUAAUUCAUUGUCAGACUUAAUAAACGCCGGCAAUGAGAAGAAUAGCAGCGAAACGACUCAGGAAUCCUCUGAAAUAUUAAACAUUAAAUCCAAUGAUUCGCUAAUCAAUCAAAAGAGUGAAACAUCAUUACAGGAGUUGGAGAACGAUAUAAAUGACAAAAUCAAUGCCAAUAUCGCUGUGAAUCAGUUGACGGGAUUGACCGGCGAUGCCAUCAAUAAUAAGCCACAAUCGGUUGACACUAUAGGAUCAGCCAAUGAUAUCGCGGCACCGGAUUUUAGUCUCACUACCGGUGCGAUUGUGUCGGUAGUGCCCAAAGAGAUUGCAAACAAUAGCGAUAAUAUUGCUGCCAAAGGUUUGGACGGCUAUAAUAAUCAGACAAAUCAGUCGAUGAUUUCAAGUCCGGUUGUCAGCGAAAACAAGACGGAGACGACAACCAAUUUAAUUCAUACGGAAGAAAUGGGUCUAUCAAUGGGUAUAUCAAGUUAUGGCUCCCAUAGGAAUAAGCGUUCGUUUCUCUUACGGCCUUUGCGUUCAAAUUUGGAUGAAAUACUGAAUAUGAGACGACAGAGGAGGGCGACCAUGAGGUUCAAGAGGAACUCUAAUUACGAAGACUUAUUGGCCUCGAUAUUAGCGCCCGACGACGACAACGACAACGCCGUCGAUGACAAGUACGGCACCGAAGACGCCAACGAAGCCCUCAACACAAUUGCAUUGAAUUACAUCUUAAGUGACAUUAAUUCCGAUAAUACCGACGAUAACAACAAGUACUCGGAUUUGGAGAGAAUAAAACAAUAUUACGAUUACAUUUUGCCGCUCAUUGAAAACGCCGACAGUAGUAAUGCCGGCGACUCCGACACCACGGAUGACAAUAGUGUUGUUGUCGACGAUCUGCCCAACGUUUACGGGGGAGGCUAUAGUCAGGCCUCGAUUCCAGUCAUACCGUAUUCGUGGCCCAAUCGGUACCAACGGAUCAGACGUUCCUAUUAUAACAGAUACCAAAACCCUCUCUCGGUUUAUACGGGUUUAAAACGGAAACGAAGUUAUUAUAAGAAUCACAUGAGAGGCGGAGAGUGGGGCAAAAUUGUGGGCGCAAACAGUGACAGGUCUGCCUACGACGACGAGGCACAGGAGGCCAAUAAGAUCUAUUCGUUGGCCUCACUGUUGGCCACCGAUUACGCACCCGUUGUUGACGGCGCUUAUGGACAACGGUUUAAAAGGUCGGCCAAACGAUUGGCCAAACAAUUCAAGCGUUCAGUAAAACCCGAUUUUAAGCAUAUGUGAUACCAUUUGUAUUGUUAUUAUUAAUACAAUAUUAUACGAUAAUAAGUCGGCACUCAUUGGUCUCUUUAAAAUAUACACUAUAACUC